CACCACACCGUCACCCCUGGCAAGAGUGUUCCUACAUCUGCGUUUGCUGACUAUCUUAGUAUCUUCCUCAAUGACACCAAAAAGAAAACUCCUGAGUGAUAGCAGUAAUGCUAAGAACAGGAAAACCAUUACCCUACAAGAAAAAGUGGACAUAAUUAAAAGACAUGAGAAGGGAGAAAAAGCAUCAGCGAUCGGCCAUGUGUUAGGGAUAAGUCGGACGACUGUUGCUACCAUUCUCAAGGACAGGGACCGUAUUUUGGCUAAUGUGAAGGGCGCUACUCCCAUGAACUCUACAGUGAUAACGAAGCAAAGAACAGGUGUGUUGACAUGGAAAAACUGCUUUUGCUGUGGAUUGAGGACAAUAAUCAGAAGAGCAUGCCACCGAGUGAGCAAAUAAUUUGUGAGAAAGCCCACACACUCUAUGAGGUCUUGAAAAAAGAAAGUAACCAGGAUGGAGAAACAAUUGAAACGUUUGUGGCUUCCAAGGGCUGGUUUACACGUUUCAAAGUUAGAGGAAAUCUAACAAACAAAAAUAUGUGGAGAAGCUGCCAGUGCUGAUGACGGAGCAGCAAAAGUGUUCAUUGAAACCUUAGAAAAAAUUAUCAAAGAAGAGGGCUACAUUCCACAGCUAAUAUUCAAUGUGGAUGAGACGGGACUGAACUGGAAGCGCAUGCCCAACAGGACAUACAUUGCAAAGAAGGAGAAAAGCAUGCCAGGACACAAAGCCUCUAAGGAACGACUCACACUGCUCUUAGGGGGUAACUGUGCCGGCGAUUUUAAACUGAAACCGCUGCUAGUUUACCACUCAGAAAAUCCUAGAGCUAUGAAGGGUAUUCUUAAAGCUAGUCUCCCAGUUUAUUGGAAAAUUAACGCCAAGGCUUGGGUGACUUGGGCAAUGUUCAUUGAGUGGUUCUCCAGUUGUUUUGUGCCUGAAGUUGAGCGCUACUGUGCACAGAAGAAUCUGCCGUUUAAAGCACUGCUGAUUCUUGACAAUGCUCCUGGUCAUUCUGCAAGCCUACGUGAACUCAACCCAAAUGUUAAAGUUGUAUUUAUGCCAUCAAACACAACGUCAUUGAUUCAGCCAAUGGAUCAAGGGGUGAUCAGAUCCUUCAAGGCCUAUUACCUGAGAAGAACCUUCAAACAGGCCAUCCGUGCAACAGAAAAAGGUGAUAAAAGCCUGAAAGAGUUCUGGAAAGGUUUUAACAUUUACAGUGCCGUGAAAAACAUUGGAGAAAGUUGGGCUGAGGUUACACAGUCAAACAUGAAUGGUGUGUGGAAAAGCGUGUGUCCUAGCCUAGUGAAUAACUUUAAAGGCUUUGAUAGUGAUAGUGUAGAGGAGACCAAGAGCAACUGUGUAAAGCUUGGGAAUGAGUUAAGUCUGGACAUAGAGGAGAGUGACAUAAAUGAGGUCCUCGAUUCUCACGACUCAGAAUUAAACGCCGAAGAUCUGAUGGAGCUGGGGAAACAAACAGAGGCUGAUGAAAAUGACGACGUAGUGUUACGGCAGUUUACAAUAAAAAACAUGGCAAGCGCUUUUCAAGCCCUGGAAAAAGCAAUGGUGUUCUUUGAAGAGCAAGACCCAAAUGCAGAAUGCUUUGCCAGAGUUCACAGGGCAAUGGAAGAUGCAGUGACUUGCUACAGAGAAAUCUAUGAUGAGAAGAGAUAUGCUGCUAAACAGUCAUCAAUUCUUCAUUUCUUCAAGCAAGCUUCUCAUUCCUCAACCUCAUCUCCAGCCUCAACUCCAUCCACAUCUUCAACUCCAUCCCGACUGUCAACUCCAUCCAGAGCAUCAACCUCAAGCCGAUGUUCAUCCCCAGACUCCCCUGAUGAAGAACUUCUUACUUCAACAUCACCUCAGAAACAGAAUGAGUGAGCGAGUGAGGCAGCAGCUGUGUGUGAGGGAGAGAAAACGAAAAUGGG